AUGUCAGCGGCAAGCAAAGAAAACCAACUCAGACUGCCAAGUGCUAAUGGUUCAGGAAGCUUUCAGAAUCUACCAGACAUAGCAUCUCUUUGUCCAUACAACAAAUUCUGCAGAUCUUCUCCAAUAAAGGAAAUUACAAGAACAGACCAGGAGCCAUGUUGUGAGAAAUGUUCUUGCGAUUAUGACUGCCUCGAGAUCGGGAGCUGCUGUCCCGAUAUGCCUUUAGCUGGUUUUGUAAAACCAAAAUAUCCUUGCAUUCCUUUGUCGCAUUUCGGAAAAGACGCAGUAGUUUUGUAUGACCGUACUUCAUAUCAUGUGAUAACUGACUGCUUGGACAUGGUCAAGGCUAUAGCAUACCCAAAAUGCUUCCAACCGAGUGAGGUUCAAGAUUUUGUGAUUGUUUCGGAUCCAAGAAAUGGUAGGGUCUAUAGAAAUAAACAUUGCGCAGAAUGUAAUGACGUUCAGAACUACGUGAACUGGAAGCUACGCGUACAGUGUCCAGACAUGUCUCAGUUAGGGUAUGUGGAAAAUGACAAAGACAGAGAAAAAUAUCUAAUGGAAAACUGUUCAUUAUUACCUCUUCCACUAGAGGCACGCUCGGCGGAUAUGUCACGUUGUGUCCAAGAUUCAGAUGUUAUCUCAACAUGUAACGUGACAGGAAACUGGGACCAAUAUGACAGAGGGAUAGAGGAAGCUUGUAUGAAAACCAGGGAGGACCAAAAUGCAUUAUUCACUAAUUACAUAGUGGAUAUAGGAAUAUAUAAAUACUUUGCAAGUGUAUAUUGCUAUAUUUGUAACGUUGCAAAACAUUUAAAGAAGAUUGAUGUCUGUGAAAUCGAUAAUGACAAAAAAUAUAGGUCUGGUAGUGUAUCUUCUUUAUCCGCCAUCCUUGUCACCAAAAUGUGGGAAGAUAAUACAGCCAUAUCAAAUUCCCGUUGCAAAUCAACAGAUAUAUGGGAUCAAUAUAGGAAAAUAUGCAGACCUCUCAUAUGUCCAUUUGGCAAGUAUCCUGUACACGGAAGAUGCAAAGACACGUUUAGUAAUUUAGAGGGAUACACAGUUGCUAUACACUUUGAAGUAAUAUUUCUCGUUGGAAGUAUGGCUGCAAACAGGGACCUUCUGCACGUUCUCGAAAGUCGUUUCUUUCGGGAACUAGGAACCGAACUUACAUGUGGAAGAUGCUAUUCCGCCUUAUUGAUUGAGAAUGAUCCAUCUUCAACAAUUUUCUUGAGAUUAGAAAUAUUUUCAACAGACACAUGCUCAUAUGAUACCAUGUUAAAGAGGAUCCAAAAGAUAGCUUUCAAGAAGAAAAUGUAUCUCAAAUUUAAGCAUGAAGGUCAACAGUUUCGAGUUGAAAUGAGACUGAUAUUCAAAGAAAUUUUUAGGAAUGACGUGUAUGAUUCACCGGCGGAAAAGAACUAUGUAUUUUGUAUCCGUGUGAAUAUUAUAGACUCUUCCAUUUUCCAAUACUGCCCACGAAUCAAGUUGACAAAAGAUGAGGCUAAUAACUUAGGCAUUUUCAACGUCUCGGAAAACUCUCUAACAGAUUCCUCGCCAGCAAGCGAUACCAAUCUUGAAAUUCAGGAAGUCUGUGUAGACACCUACUUUAUCGCAAACAAAGCAAGAUCAGGAGCAAUUUCAGCUUAUCCGUGUGAUAUUUGUGAUACAAAAGUGAUGUGGUUUCAAUUUCUGUCCGUUUUGAUUGGUUACGUAUCUGUAAUACUAUAG